UUCUUUCAUCAAAAAAUUCGGAAAUCCUCUUUCUUAUGAGGUGCUUUAGCUGAUUACACAGAAUUAUUCAAGACUAAGAAUAUCAAGCUUCUAUUUAGGAUAUAAAAGGAGACUUUUCCUCCGCUACGUUGCGUUAGUGAGUUCCACUUUUGCAGCAGAUAACCUCCACGUUCGCUAUAGUCACCUCAAAAUCAUGUUCCGCAACAACUCUUCAAACGAAAACAUGAAACGGCGUUUCGACGAUCGAGGAAGCUAUGGACGCGGUGGUGGCUUUGGUGGCGGCGGCGGCUACAGGGGCGGCGGCGGUGACUUUGGUCGUAAUGGCAAAUCAGGCAAGCAGCCAGGAGAAUCGCUGCGCAAGCCAUCAUGGAACAUGAAGUCGCUGCAGCCUUUCCACAAGAACUUCUACCAGCCGCACAUCAACGUGUCCAACCGGUCACGCAUGGAGGUUGAGGCCUACAGGGCAAAGCUCGAAAUCACGGUCAAGGGCACUGAGGUUCCCAAUCCUCUGCAACACUUUGAGGAGGGAAACUUCCCUGACUACAUCAUCAAUGAAAUCAAGAAACAAGGUUUCCAGGACCCAACCUCAAUCCAGUCACAAGGCUGGCCGAUCGCCCUGAGCGGACGCGACAUGGUGGGCAUUGCAAUGACCGGCUCUGGCAAGACACUGGCCUACGUGCUGCCUUCGGUGGUGCACAUCAACAACCAGCAGCCACUGAGCAAGGGCGACGGCCCAAUCGCCCUGGUGCUGGCGCCCACUCGCGAGCUGGCCCAGCAGAUCCAGCAGGUGGCCAUUGAUUUUGGCACCUCCUCCUUCAUCCGCAACACGUGCAUCUUUGGCGGCGCCCCCAAAGGGCCGCAGGCCAGGGAUCUGGAGAGGGGUGUGGAGAUUGUGAUUGCUACACCGGGCAGGCUGAUCGACUUCCUCGAAAGGGGCACCACCAACCUGAGGCGCUGCACUUACCUUGUGCUUGAUGAGGCGGACCGCAUGCUGGACAUGGGAUUCGAGCCCCAGAUCAGGAAGAUUGUCGAGCAGAUCAGGCCUGACCGACAGACUCUCAUGUGGUCAGCAACCUGGCCAAAGGAAGUGAAGAACCUGGCUGAAGAGUUCCUCACUGACUACAUCCAAAUCAACAUUGGCUCUUUGCAGCUCUCUGCUAAUCACAAUAUUCUCCAAAUCGUGGAUGUUUGCAUGGAACAUGAAAAGCCUUUCAAGUUAAGCAAACUUCUCCAGGAAGUGAGAGCGGAAAGUGACAGCAAAACCAUCAUUUUUGUUGAGACAAAGCGCAAAGUGGAAGAAAUCACUCGCAACAUCAAGCGUGAAGGUUGGCCCGCAGUGGCAAUCCAUGGGGACAAGUCACAACCAGAGCGUGACCAUGUACUGAAAGAGUUCAGAAAUGGGCGGUGCCCGAUUCUGGUUGCCACCGAUGUAGCGGCACGAGGCUUAGACGUUGAGGAUGUCAAGUUCGUCAUCAAUUUCGACUACCCAAACUCGUCCGAGGACUACAUCCACCGCAUCGGACGGACUGGCCGAUCGUGCCAGAGCGGCACCUCAUACGCCUUUUUCACGCCGAGUAACUCUCGCCAGGCCAAGGACCUGGUGUCAGUGCUGCGCGAGGCCAAUCAAGUGGUUAAUCCCAAGCUGAUGGAACUGGUCAGCAGCAGGGGAUCUUACGGAGGCAUGAAUGGAAAGAAUCGCCCCCGGUGGAACAACUCAAAUGGCUACAGCAACGGCCGCGACAUGAAGAACGGCAGUGGACCGCCAGUCCGCCGCAAUGGCUACUAUGGCGGCGGCGCUUCAAACGAAUCCUCCAACGGUGGGCGAUGGGGAGACAAGCCCGCCGGGCAGAACGGCUACUCGCACCCACCGCCACCACCGCCCUCGAAGCAGCCGCAGAGCAACUUCAGCAUCCCUCCUCCAUCACUCGGCUCGUUUGGCGGCAGUGGCGGCAGCGAGACCAAGCCUGACCUCUCCUCAUACGGCUACGCCUACCAAAACUCGCAGGGGGCGUCGGCGGCCUCGACAUCCUCGACGGCGGCCGCCUUCAAGGCCCUGACCUCGCAGCCGCCUCCCCCACCCCCCGCUGAGAACUUUUACCAGGCCUACUAUCAUGCUUUCUGCAACCCAAUGGGCGCUGCGGCGGUGCCUGCCGCUCCCGCUCCCACAAACUAGGAUUAGAAUCAGGCUGCGUCGGGGUGGCACCUGAAGGCAUGAGGUUCCGCUGUUCAAAUUGUCAGCUUCAUUUGAUGUAUUCAUAACCAACUGGAUACUUUCAAAUUGAAUUUCUCAUCAAUACGUCUCAGUUUGAAGUAUUCAAAUUUUUAUUCUGUUGGUUUAAUGUCCUCUGGGUUUCUGUUAAUUUCCUUACUUAAAAUAUAUCUCAUUUCCACGUGCGCGCGAAUCUACAGUAGGUGCACCCUGAAUUAAGUGGUCCUUUAAACAAUGUGGUUAUUGAUUUGCUGCUCUUUUGUGGAGUCAACAGUGACGAUCUCUUCUUUGUAAAAUCUCUUGUUCGGAACUUUGGCAAGACUUGGUGGUGAAAGAACAGGGUCUUGAGAAUUAGUUCCAAUCCGUCCUUGUGGUCGAUUGAAGACAAAUUGCUUUGAGCACAAGGUUGGUUUCAGCAAUUAUUUUUUUCCUUUUCCUAGAUCUCCUUAGGGGAUGUUGCUUCUCUAUAUUGCACAAUUUGCCUUUGCUUAACUGCUCGCAUCAACUGAUUCCAGAAAAUUCUAGUGAGGAAAUGCCAAAUUUGUUUCAAGGUGAUUUCUUAACCUGAAAAGUGCUUACUAGCUCUGUUAGUAACCAGUAAUUUAGCCUAUAUUAAUCUUAUCAUUAUGGAUAGUGUGCAUUCGCUCGUAAGUAUUAUCGAUUUCCAUUCAAAACUUGAAGACAAUCGUAUAUGUGCGUUGGUUCGUAUACGUGCGUCAUUCAGUUUACAAGCAACCUGUCAUUAUAUAAUUAUUAUCUUUAACUCACAUGCCGCAUCAACUCGGCCAACUUUUGUACAUUUCUCCCUGUAUUCCAAACUUUAAAAUUGAUCCAGGUCCAAAAUCUAGAUGUAAAUUGAAAGAAAACUGCAUCUGCUACUGUGUUGUGCAAAAUGACUCUCUAAAGAAUGACUGUGCUGUGAUUGCACCUGCACAAGUUAAAAUUUAGCUGAAAUGUGUUGAGCAGGUGCAUUGAAAGGCAAUAUUAUAUCAGAUCAGUGAAAAUGGAUGAAAGCUAGCUUCGUCAAUAUUGAAAACAUUUCCCAUUCGGUAAACUACUUGAGGAACUGAGAGUAGACGCAUGUUUAGACAGUUGAUUGAUCUAGUUGUUUCGUAGUGGCCAACUGAGAUUGCCAUCUAUGGAAAAAUUACAGAUCGCCGACUCUCGAAUCUGGGCAGGCAGAUAUUUUAUGUAUUCCAUCUGACUUAUGCUUAAGUUGGAUCUCAAUUCUGGACCCUCAAUAUUGGUUUUGGCAUUUGUUAUUAUUUUAGUUUUAAAUUCUCACUAGUUACUUGAAAAAAUAAUAGGAAUAUCAGCGUAAAGCUUUAUCGCCAGAAUAGGUCGAGAUCUGUAAUUUCUCUAAUGGAAUUCCUCCUGGUGUUGAAGACAAAAUGAAUGUGUGUGCUUUGCGCAACAUGUCUUGCAUAUGAUAGACUGCAGAGUUAUUAAAUGUUACACACAGAGUUGUUGAUCAGUCUCGUGUGAGGAAUCGACAAGAAGUGGCAGCUAGCUGAAUAUUUUUUGCUAUCUCUCGACGAAGAAUAGUUCAAUUGGCAGGUGCUUUGUAAAUCCGUAAAGCGGUAUUCAAUUCAAUCGACCUUUCACCCCUGCUGUUGUACUUCACUCUCAUGAAAACUUGAAAUUUUGGCUGUGAGUCAAAGUUUGAGUGACGUACUGUAAAAGAAAUCAGAAAAUUACUAUGAACUGACCGAAUUGAAUGGGGAAAGAUAUAAAAUUUAGAUGCUUGGAUGGUGGACUGUGAUUUGAUCAGUUUGAGCUGAUGGAAAUUUCUUUGCCGCACUACAAUAGUGCAUCGAAGCUCAAUUUGAUGGAUGGUUCAUAACGUCUUAGUUUCUUGUGAAUAGUAAAAAGAAAGUACCGACAAGAAAUAUCACUGCACACUUAACACACUGAAAUUCUUCUGUGUGCGACUAGGAAUUCUUUCUGUGAUGUUAGAUGAUUUCCUAUUAUUUAUUUCCUUGUACUGUAAAUUUAGAAUUAAUAAAUUUCUCUGAUGUUGACUGGA